AUGUACACAAGUGUUCUCUAUCUGCUCUGUGUAGGAUCACUGAAACUUCACCGUGUUGGCAGGUUAAUGCCACACACCGAAGCAAAAGUGGUCUCCACCGACCGCACCAAAGUCCUCCCCGUUGGCCAACGCGGCGAACUGGCAGUAUCGGGAUACCACCUACAAAGAGGCUACUGGAACGAUCUAAUCGGUACAGCGGAAGUUAUGACUAAAGACUGGAAUGGGAAGUUGUGGAUGCAUAAGAGUGAUUUUCCACGCCAUCUCUACUGCUUGUUCUCUUCUGUCAUUAGGCUAAUUAAUCGGACCGACUGA